AUGGCUUCUAAUCAACUAAAACACCUUACGGCGAGAGAUUUCACCUUUGUGUGCCACACUGAUACUCUAGAUCUUAGAGAAAACCCAAUCCAAUCAGUAGACCCUGAUGUGAUCGCAUCACUACAUGUUCGCUCUUUGGUGCUAGGUAUCUACCAUCUAAGUUACGAGGUGUUGACGAACAUCUUCCUCGGAAUCUCAAAAUCAGACAUCGAACAGCUUAUAAUCCAGGAAGGCUCUUGGCUUAUUGAUUGGAUUAAUAAACCUAUGCACCUGAUAGACAAGGACAAAACUAUCUGUUCGUCAGCAUCUCUGGAGCCUCUUCGUGAGAAACCGCUGCUUGAUGUUGAUCCAAAUCAACUCUGUAUAAUAAAUGGUCUAUUGUUUCUGAUUCCCCUCGCCUCCAUUGGCUUGGUUGUAAUCAGCGUGCUGCUGUAUCACUACCGAUGGCAGUUGAGAUACAAACUAUUUCUCUUAAAACUGGCCGCAGUGGGCUAUAACGAGAUGCGAGACGCUCGAGACCACAAUGACUAUGAGUUUGACGUGAACAUCAUUUUAUACGACGAUGACGAUGUAUGGAUUCGCGAACAGCUUCGACCGGCUCUCGAAGAACGGCUACCACAGUUUCAGAGGAACGUCUUCGGUGACGAAGACCUUGUAUUGGGUAUGCAUUACUUAGAUUCCGUCGAUUACGUGGUGAGCCACAGUUACAAGACCAUCGUAGUGCUUAGCAGAGCUGCUGUGCAAGACCGCUGGUUCAUACUCAAGUUCCGGACGGCCAUGGACCACGUCAGUGACACUUUGACUGAAUUUGUAGUCGUGGUCUUCCUUGAAGACAUCCCAGAUGAUGAAAUGCCAUUCUUGGCGAGGUUGUAUCUCAAUGAUGGCAGACCCUAUAUCCACUGGACUGAGGACGAAAGAGGACAGGAAUGUUUCUGGAAUGAAUUGACCAAAAAUCUGACCAUUAAUCUGAGGACAAAUGACUUGAUCCCAAACGAGUAG